AUGGAGAUGGAGGAGAAGAUGACUGAGAGACAUUGUCAUCCAAGAUUAAUGCGCCAUGAUCAGAUUUUUCAGGUAGAAGAUAUUUUGACUAACGUUCUUUCGAGGCUACCAGUGAAGAUCCUUAUGAGAUUUAGGUGCGUAUGUAAACGAUGGCGUAAUCUGAUCACUGAUGAUCCUUAUUUCAUUCAACUCCACUCUCUCCAAUACAAUUCCAAACAACCUCUUUUCUUAAUCUCAUCAACUCUAGCCGAUUCAAGGGAAAGGAGUCCCUACUCCAUUUCCCUAAAAUCCAUGGACAGAGAAACGAAUCUGAUAAGCAGGUUUGAGGUCAAGUGUGCGAAUAUUUACGCCAAGCUGGUACCAACUCGUUUCGAUCUGGUUUGCAUUCAAGAUGAUAUGAUUGUUCAUAUUUGUAAUCCCAGUACACAUGAAUUCAUAACAUUGCCAGAACAUCAUUUACCCCUUUGGUACUCUACUGUGGGUUUUGGAUAUGUUCAAUCAACUGACGAGUAUAAAGUAGUUAGUUUGCUUAACCCCGAUUAUGACCGUGUAGAAGAUGGAUUCAGGGUUGAUGCUGCCUCAUUCAAGACGAAAUGUCACGUCUUUACCUUGGGAAUGGAAAGAAGAGGCUCUAGUUCUUGCGCUUCUUCUUCUUCUUCUUGGGCUUGGAGAGAAGUGAUGGAUUCUCCAUACCUUGUCAACUAUUCAACUCCUCCAGCUUUUGUUAACGGAGCAAUCCAUUGGCUGGUCUUGUAUAAUUUUGAAAUGGACGUUGAGGUCUUUGAUUGGGAUAUGGUUGAUCCUAAUUAUUCGAUCAUUGCGUUUGAUGUGGAGAGAGAAGAAUUCAGAUUAGUCUCACAUCCUGAAGGGUGUCCUGAUGUUAAGUCUUUACAAUAUCAUAAGAAUUUUGAAACUAUUGAACUCCAAUUGGUGGAGUUGGGAGGGUUGCUAUGCCUUUCAUGUGCUAAAGAUUCCAAAAUGGACAUAUGGAUGUUAAAUGACUACUACUACGAGAGUGGUAAUGAUCAUAUCAGUGGUACAUGGGUGAAAGAAUACAGAAUUGAUGUCAGUGGUACAUGGGUGAAAGGAUACAGUAUCUACCUAAUGAAUGAUGACCAUUGUAACUAUUAUGCGCCUAGAGACAUAGAGGACACCGAGGUGCUAAUUGAGUCUUAUAUGAAUGGUUUGGAGUAUUACCAUCUCCAAAGCAAAAGGUUCAAGGAAUUUAUGCGUCGUAGUAGACAAAUGCCAAAUCUACGGUUCAGUUUCUACCUGGAGAGUUUGCGCUCACUAAAACAAUUUGCACAGAAUUGGAUUUCGUCUGAGUAA